UUAAAUUGUAAUGGCGUUCGAGUUAGAUGAUCUUUUGAAGGACGAUAAAAAAGAUGCUAAUUUAAUACCGGAUCUGAGUAAAGCGACAUGUAAUUCUCAAGAGGAAUUCAAACAAUUAUUGGAACAUUGUCCAGAAUUUAAGAUCAAAUCAGAAAAGGUAAAAAAAGAAGAUACCAAGGUACGUGAUAAAGAAUUUUCUUGGAAAGCUACCAAAAAAGAAUUGAAAGCUAUUGAAAGAGAAUGGGCAUACGGAGAUCCCAUACCGCCCGACAUGAAAAAUUUAAAUCUUCACGAAUUACAACAAGUUGCUAUCGAUUGGAGAAUGCUUACGCCGAUUAGACCGAAACUUCGCCAAGAUGAAGAACUGUUUUCAAGAUUGGUAGAAAUGGGGAAGUUAGAAGCAAAAACUCGCAUGAAAGAACGACGUUCCUUUGUAAGUCCAAUAAGACGUAAUAAAAAUCGAGCUGGUAUUAUCGAGAGUAGUGUUAAAAUUUGCGGGGAAUGCGGGGAAGAAUAUUGUUUUGGUGAAACUUGCGGCGAUAUUUUGUAUGACUCGUACGUUCGAGUCGCUGUUUUGACUCAGCAAUCUAAGACGAAAAUCUCUGCCGAUACAGAAGCCAUUAUCGCUAACAUGAAUCGUCCUAAAAAGCAGAAAAGGAAAAAACUUAAAACAAAAAGUAAGACUCCCAGAAAAAGUGUACGUUUGUUGAUUCACCAUAAAACGAAAAAGCUUACAAAUAAAAGCAAUAAGAAUAGACGCGAGAGUGAUAUCGAAGAAUCCGUAAAACCCAUAAAACAAUUUAAAAGAAAAUGCACUAAAUAUCGGAAAAAAGGGCAAUCGAACAAAUGAUCACAUUAUACAGACGACAAAUAAUUUCCCAUAUAAAAGUUCUUCCAAGCUUUUC